AUGGCACUCUAUACUUCAGGGCAGAUGGUCCGCAUAGUAGCCCGGACCGGUGUCACCUUCGUGCCUCGACGAACGAUAGCCUCAACCCCAACCCGUUACGCAGAUUCUAAUGUCGACAACUCCUCCGGCGGAUGGUUGUCCGGCUUGAAGAAUAUGUUCGGUGGCGCUAGCAGAGCCAAAGUCACCCAGCGACCCUCGGCCCCUAAGAAGGAUGAAGGUUCACUAGGCGCAAGUUCGAUCUUCGGGUCCGACUUCCAACCGACAAAGGCCCAAAUGCCCUCCAAGCCGCAACACGCAGCCGGAGAAUCAUCUGAGCGCGAUCAAGGCCGUAUACAACGAGGACUCCUGCCGGACCCCAACUCCCAGCUGCGGUGGGAGAGGAAAAUGGCCGUCCGCGAGAUCCGCAAGCGAGGCCGUCUACCAAAGCAAGUCCAGAUCAAGCGCACCGAGCGCGAAUCGCUCUCGAAAUCCCACUGGUUCAAGACCUCGGUAAAGAAGCUGGGUCCUCUGGCUCGACAGAUCGCCGGCAAGAACAUCGACGAGGCCAUUCUCCAGAUGCGCUUCAGCAAGAAGAAGGCCGCCCAGGAUGUAUUGGGACACCUCGAACACGCCAAAAACGUUGCCAUUGUCCGUUCCGGUAUGGGUCUCGAGGCUGGCAAGGAAGCCAAGCCCAUCACGGUCAUCCUCAAGAACGGCGAACGCAAGAAGAUCUCCAACCCCUCCGAUAUCUACAUCCAGGAAGCCUGGGUUAACCGUGGCCCGUACGGACGUGAGAUGGACCACCGUGCUCGUGGCCAGAUCAACAUGAUGCGUCCCCCUACCACAGGUCUCUCGGUUCUGUUGAAGGAGGAGAAGACUCGCAUCCGCGAGUGGGAGGACCGUGAGGCCAAGGCCCAGCGUGCUCGCCGCGACCAGCUCUGGACUCAACUGCCGGACCGCAAGAUCCCCACACAGAACCAGUACUACAGCUGGUAA